UGGUUCUCUCCAUUGGCGUUGGUAGAUCAAUUCCUUCUCUGGCCCAAAUAUAUAUGGAGCAAUAUAUAGUCUGAAACUCUAGAAGACUGAAACAGAAACUUAGUUAAUCAAAUCAAACCAUGGGGAUAGUGGAAGAAGCUCACAACGUCAAAGUCUUAGGAUCAGGUUCAAGGUUCAUAGUUCUAGCUCACGGUUUCGGCACCGACCAAUCCGUGUGGAAACACCUUGUCCCUCACCUCCUCAACGACGACUUUCGCGUCCUUCUCUAUGACAACAUGGGAGCUGGAACCACCAAUCCUGAUUACUUCGAUUUUGACCGCUACUCAACCUUACAAGGCUAUGCUUAUGACUUGCUCGCCAUCUUAGAAGAGCUUCAAGUCCGUUCUUGCAUCUUUGUUGGUCACUCAGUUUCUGGCAUGAUUGGUACCAUUGCUUCAAUUUCUCGUCCUGAUCUUUUCUCCAAGCUCAUCAUGGUUUCAGCUUCGCCCAGGUAUUUGAACGAUGUAGAUUACUUCGGAGGCUUUGAGCAAGAAGAUUUGGACCAGUUAUUCGAUGCCAUGGCGGCGAAUUACAAAGCAUGGUGUUCAGGCUGGGCCCCGAUGGCUAUCGGAGGAGACAUGGAGUCAGUGGCGGUGCAGGAAUUCAGCAGAACCUUGUUCAACAUGAGGCCAGACAUAGCCUUAAGCGUAUUGCAGACAAUUUUUCAAAGUGACAUGAGGCAAGUACUAAGCCUGGUAACUGUGCCAUGUCACAUCAUACAAAGCAAGAAAGACCUGGCGGUUCCGGUAGUGGUGGCGGAGUAUCUCCACCAGCAUGUUGGCGGUGAGUCUAUCGUGGAGGUCAUGUCAACGGAGGGGCAUUUGCCGCAGCUGAGCUCGCCGGAUAUUGUUGUUCCGGUGUUGCUUAGACACAUUUGCCAUGAUAUUGCAGCUUGAGUACUUGAGCCUUUGACCGAUAGUGGCGGUUCGUGGUGGUGGAUGGUCCAUUAUUGAGGGUUGAUUUUAAACAAAUAAAAUUGAUCUAUGAGGGUUACUUUAUGAUUUGUGUCUGUUUCGUAAGAGAUCAAAGGAAAUGGAGUUGGCGGCACAUGUUGCCUUGAACCGUGCAUUGGUGCUCUUUGUUUUGUAUAUAUGUGCUAUUUAAUUGUGGUAGGUGGUGUGCUCCAAUAGUUGUGGGCAACGAAUGUUUAUAUUGUAUUAUGAGGGUGGAGGGAAUCAAGUGGCAACAAGCAUCUGCCAAAUCAACUUGUAAACUAAUUUUCAAAUGGUUUAGAAAAUAAAAGCAUGGAUCAUUUCACA